UUGCUUGCUUAGAUUACCGUGGUUGUGCAGUCACUAACCCUUGUGUACAGUGGCGGUACGCAACUCGCAAGCGAAAUGCAUGGCUUAUUUUGAUAAGGGUACGAGUUUAUUAGCAUACAUGUGAAUAAAACAUAGCUCGCUAGUAUUUCACUAGUGAGAAGUGGGGUGCUAUAUUAACGUUUCUCGUUUGGUAGCUAUUACUGUCGAAUGCACCCAGAUAGCGGUACCAAACGGACUCUGUGAUGUAACGGAAUCUGUGACAGUUUUAUGUAUGUGGAAACUAUAAGCUAGUGCCAUACCAAAGGAUUCCAUAAAUCGUUUUAAUGCAAUGGCUCCAAUGGGAAUCCGGCUGUCUCCUGUUGGAGUGGCCGUGUUUUGUUUACUGGGGGUCGGUAUAAUCUACCAUCUUUACGCCGGCGUUAUAUCCAGCAGAAUCGCGGCGCUGCGGCGGCGCCGGACGGUGGACCUGCGGGAGCUGCUCGCCCUGUCCGUGGAAGCCGCGGUCCUAGGCGGCCGGGAAGUGAAACGGGCUCGGGAGGAGAACCCUUUGGAGAAGUCCAACGGAAAAACCAAGGGAGGCGCGAGCGAAAAGAUAGCGCUGGGAGACCAGAGCUCUCACAGAAAGAUGUAUCACCUCAUAAAAAACACAUUUCCUUUUUUGCAGGUGAACGCGGAGGAGCGCGCUCCGGCCGGAGGCGAGGAGGCGGGCGUCUGGAAUCACGUGAUUCCGGCAGACCUGCAGCUGGUUGGCGAAGGCAGAGAGGUGUCGGCCGAUGACAUCACCGUGUGGAUCGACCCUCUGGACGCCGCUCAGGAGUACACCAAGAACCUCCAGAAGUACGUCACCACGAUGGUCUGUGUUGCUGUGAGUGGCGUUCCGGUUAUAGGGGUGAUCCACAAACCUUUUACUGAGUACACAGGCAGCAUCACCGCCCAGUGCCACUCCCCCGCCACGCUUCAGGAGUCGCUCUUCAGGAGUCACGCUUCGGGAUCGAGGCUUCGUGCGUGCUGUGAUGGAGGAGCUGAGGAGGGAGAGAGCGGCACUAAGAUGACCGAAAGAAUCGAGAGCGCGUGGGCGCUCGUGGGCUCGGGUUCGAACCUGCAGCCCCGGGCCCCGCGCGGCGGGCGAUCUCUGCGGGUGAUUGUGUCGCGCUCUCACGCGGGGAAGGCCACCCGAUUCAUCCAGACCGCCUUCGGGAAUGAGACCGUGGUGCACACAGCCGGGGGUGCAGGCUACAAGGUUCUGGCUCUGCUGGACCCCCCCGAUGAGCAGUACGAGCAGGCCGACGUGUACCUGCACAUCACCUACAUAAAGAAGAGGGACGUCUGCGCCGGGAACGCCAUUUUGAAAGCGCUGGGCGGUCACAUGACCACGCUGAAGGGGGAGGAGAUUGACUACCGGGCGGCGGAGGCCAAUCACGGCGGAGUGCUGGCGAGCGUGGGGCGGGACCACCGCGCCCUGCUGGCCAAACUGCAGAGCGCCGACAGCCACAGACAGAGCUGAACCUGGGCCUGCGAGAGAGAGACAUUAACACUGCACUGAGAGAGAGAGAGCGAGAGAGAGAGAGAGAGAGAGAGAGACAUUAACACUGCACUGAGAGAGAGAGAGAGAGAGAGAGAGAGAGACAUUAACACUGCACUGAGAGAGAGAGAGAGACAUUAACACUGCACUGAGAGAGAGAGAGAGAGAGAGAGACAUUAACACUACACUGAGAGAGAGAGAGAGAGAGACAUUAACUCUGCACUGAGAGAGAGAGAGAGACAUUAACACUACACUGAGAGAGAGAGAGAGAGAGAAAGAGAGAGACAUUAACACUGCACUGAGAGAGAGAGAGAGAGAGAGAGAGAGAGAGAGAGAGAGAGAGAGAGAGAGAGACACAUUAACACUACACUGAGAGAGAGAGAGAAACAGACAUUCACUCUGCACUGAGAGAGACAGAGAUGUGACUUGCAGUUAUUUGGAAGGAAAUGAACAGCGUUUUUUUUGUUUUGUUUUUUUUAAAGUACAUUGUGUCCAGAAACUAAGACAACUGGGGGUAGGGGAGUACAGAUUCACUGACACGGGUGCCUUUCUCUGCAGCUGGGCGGGGGGUGGGUGGGGGGGGGGGGGCAGGUAAAGUUUUUGGAGGUCUCAUAUUUGCGGAACACUCCUGUUUGGAUGUUUUGCUUGGCUUGACUCAUGUAAAGGAUCUCACAGAUGUCCUGCUGUGGAAGUGCUUUGGCAUAAUAUUGAAAUCUGAAAUAUCAGCGUAACGUAGACGAUUCCGGAUUCCCGCUGCGUGUUUAUCUGCUGAGCGGACGAGGAAAAGCGAAAAGGCCGCUUUAAAGGGACAGACGGGCUGUGAUCAGGACUGGCUGUACACAAGAAGAAACUUUUCGGCUGCUUUUCCUGUCUUAUAUAUAAAAUUCAAUUCCCUGAAAAGGCGAAACGCUGCUUAUUUUUCAGUUUAUCGAUACAUUACAGUUCAGCCUUGUGGGAGUUUUAAACCAACGUAAUUAUAGCAAUUGAGUUAUUCGACAUUGACAGUAUGUACUACUGAACGAGAACUUUCCAUGUGUGUUAAUAAAGACUCGAUGACAGAACAAA